CUAAAUUCCACGAGAUAAGGAGUGAGCUGCAUUAUUGGCUUCUCUAUUGAUUUCUCUAACAUCAGCCACAAAAUUCAGUAAUUUCCACUGUGUUGGAUACAGUUCUUAUAUAGAGUCUCCUUCUUUAGUGAAGGUGCAGACCUCUCUCCACUCUCCACUCUCCACCACCUUUGUUUACUUUUUACAUGCAAAAAUGGCUUCCAAUUGGUCUGUACUACUCUUGAAAAUGGCUUUGAUCACGCUAGUGCUUGUGAAUUGUGAGGAGUCUUCUGUGAAGCCAUCAUACGAAACAGAUGCGUGUCCUUGGUGCAAUACCCGUCUCCGCAGAUGCUGUGGUGGGGCCAUUUCUAACUACUUCCGGAGCUCACAGUUUGAGAACAUUUUCUCAAACCGUAACUCACUUGAGGUUGAUGCCCAUGAAGUGGGCUUCUGGGACUACCAGUCCUUUAUCACUGCCUCUGCUGAUUACCAGCCUUAUGGCUUUGGUACCACCUACCGGAAACUCUUGGGAAUGAAGGAACUUGCAGCUUUUCUGGCCCAUGUUGCUACCAAAACAUCCUGUGGAUCUAAAGUGGACACCAGGGAACCAUUAGCUUGUGGUUUAUGCUAUAACAAGGAAAUGAAUUCCAGCUCGUAUUAUUGUGAUGAGAACUACAAAAACACCUAUCCAUGCACUCCUGGAGUUGCAUACUAUGGCCGGGGUGCUCUACCUAUCUAUUGGAAUUACAAUUAUGGAGAAGCUGGUAGAGCCUUGAAGGUGGAUUUGUUGAACCAUCCUGAAUAUAUUGAACAAAAUGCUACCUUGGCCUUCAAAGUUGCAAUUUGGAGGUGGAUGACACCAGUGAAGAAGCAUCAACCUUCAGCACAUGAUGUCUUUAUUGGUCACUGGAAACCCACUAAGAAUGAUACUUUGGCCAAGCGGGUUCCUGGUUUUGGCACUGCCAUGAAUGUGCUUUAUGGAGAUCUUGUUUGCGGCCAAGAUGAUAACGAGUUCAUGAACAACAUCAUCUCCCAUUACUUAUAUUACCUUGAUCUUAUGGGUGUUGGCCAAGAAGAAGCUGGGCCUCAUGAAUUGCUUAGUUGUUCUCAACAGGUUUCUUUCAAUCCAUCCUCUUCCUCCUCCUUGAACGGUUGAACCUACAUGUAUUUUGUUGAUAGAUAGCCCCUUCUUUCUUGAGCUAAUCCUUUGGUAAGUUAAAGCAUUAACUUCGCCUGUCAAACUGUCUUCCUUGGUAUGAAGCUAUAGAAUCUAUCAAACUGUUUUCUUUCGUAAUAAAUUACAAAAGGAAAGGUUCAAACGUGAAGGUGGGAAUAGGAUAUAAAAUCUAUCAACUGUCUUCCAUCGUAUGAAGCUAAACUAGUUUGGAGAUCUGCAGAUGUGUUGACUUUGCCUGCAUCUUGCUAAUGUUGUGUAAUUUUUGAGAUAUAUUUUUGUUUUCAGUCUUGGAAUAUUGCAUAUGAAUGCAGGAACCAUUGUAUGAUUGUGAACUUGUAAUUAUUCAAUAUGCAUUUGGUUGUGAAAUCUUGGAAUAUUAUAUAUUUCAAGCAA